AUGUCGCCAAACAGCCCCCAACAUCGCCGCCUUCGCAUCCCAUCAGCCAUCUGCUCCUGCGACGAUAUCUUAUUGUUGUCCGCCCUUCCCUCUCCCUUAUUGUCUCUCCUGCCGUUAUCUCUUCCCGAUAAAGGUGCGUGCAGGCGCCCUCCCUCGCCCUCGCCCACGCUCAGAGCAGAGCAGCAGUGUCAGAGUCAAUUCUCCCUCCCCGACACGGCGCUGCCGAUAUUGACAUUGUACCCUCUCUCGCUUGUCCGACACAUCCCGGAUGCGUGCACACCUCGUGUCGUCAGUGUUCGUAAAUCGGAAACGAUAUCGUCCCUCGCGAAAGUUGGCCAUGACACAUCCCUGAGUAUAUCGGUAUUAUCUGGGGAUCGACUUGCCACGCUUGUCCGAGUGCUCUAUCCGGCAGGUCUGACCCUGUCCCCCUCCCCCAGGCCCGUCCUGUCGACGCCCACACUGAAUGGCAUCUCCUCCCUGGGAGGCCCCGCCAUCUCCUGUGGAUCCGAUCGCUCUGGGAUCACCCAUCCCCCUCUUCACCACGUUCGCCGUGAAGGGACAACGCGACAUCCACGCUCCCGCCCCCCGACGCCGCCGCCGCCGCCCACAGUGGUCGUGAUUUCCCACCCCCCUCCCCGUGCCGGAUAUCCCAUGACCCUCUCGCCCGACGCCGGUCCAUACGGUCCUGGCGGAAAUGAACCGAUGCCGCACUCUCCCGGACCGACUCAGGGCAAUCGCGCACGAGGACCACGCAGCCAGGGUCGGGGGGUCACAAAUCAUAUGCGCAACCGCUACUCCCGCCCCUCCUGCCGGCCUCAUCGACAGCCGCGACUACAUCCACGGAGACAUAUCCGCCCUCUCGCUUUGUUGCCAAAUAAGGAAACUUCGAACUACCUGUCCGGAGACUCGGCAUCCCUCACCUUGCUAUCGGAUCCCGCGCGCCGUGUAUAG